ACAACCAACAACCAACCCAACUUGUCUCAUCAAUGGCCAUCGAAAACCAUCUGACGAAGAACAACCACUCAGCACCCGAUCCAUCCUCAUCCUCAUCAAUCGGACCAUCAUCCCCAUUACAGAAGAAAGCCAUCUCAGCUUCAGAUACUACGACACCUACCGUACCUGAAAAUGCUCCCGAACACUGUCCAGGUAUCGAAUCCGAAUUAGCAGGAAGUUCGACGACUUGUAACGGAUGUGAGAACCAAUCGAUCUGUAAAUCUUUCUCCACGAAUGUGAACUCAUCUCAGCAGAAACAGGACGACUUGAACGACCUCAAGAAGAUCAACGAACGCUUCCGGAAUGUCAAGCACAAGAUCCUGGUCCUUUCCGGUAAAGGUGGCGUCGGCAAGAGCACAUUCACCUGUGGGCUUGGCUGGGCUUUCAGUGGUGAUGGCGAUAAUACUGCGUUGCUAGAUAUCGAUAUUACCGGCCCUUCAUUGCCGAUGAUGUUAGGUCUUUCGCCCGAUGUUCAUCGGCUACACUCUACCUCUACUGGAUGGUCACCACUCUAUGUUUCUGAAACGCUCAGCGCCAUGUCGAUCGGAUUCAUGCUACCCAGCACCGACUCGGCAGUCAUUUGGCGCGGUCCGAAAAAGAACGGGAUGAUCAAACAGUUCCUCAAGGAUGUGGAUUGGUGUUCGACGGAAGAUGAGGAAGAGGAGUUAGGGAGAGAAGAGACGGCGAAGGAGAAUGGGAAAGAGAACAGAGAGGAAGGGAUCGAGUAUAUGAUUAUUGAUACUCCGCCGGGAACGACGGACGAGCAUCUCUCGAUUGUCAGUUAUCUCAAACAGACCGGGAUCACCGGGGCGAUCAUCCUGACGACGCCGCAGGAAGUAUCGAUCCAGGACGUGCGUCGGAUCAUUUCAUUCUGCAAGAAGACCCAGGUCAAGAUCCUCGGCCUGGUCGAGAACAUGUCCGGCUUCAUCUGUCCCAACUGUAACGGCGCCUCGGAGAUCUUCCUGCCUACGACCGGCGGCGCCGAUAGACUCUGUAGGGACGAAGGCCUCGAACUGCUCGGUAAGAUCCCCCUCGAUCCUAAGAUCGGCAAGGGAUCAGAUCUUGGCGUGGAUUGGUUGAACUCCCAUCCUGAUAGUCUCGCCACAAAGGCUUAUUACGAUAUCGUCGAUAAGGUCAAACUUAAAAUUCAAAAAUCUUCAUCGUAAUCAAGCUUACUCGCUUGGUUUCUUCCCUCUCCACCUCUCCAUUUUUUUUUCGGUUGGAAUAAAUGUAGUAGUCUUGAGUUUAAU